GAGAUAGCGUCAUUCAAAAUAGUCAAACAAUGAAAGUAUUUAUGUUUUGUUAAAGAAAUUCCGUUUAAAUAAAUGUCAGCUGUAAUGUGUGGUCCAUAGACGUGACAUAAAACACUGCUGGAGGCACGGUACCAGUGGCCACAAAAAUGCUGACUUAAUGCAAAGAUAUCUGUUUGAGAGUUGCUGUACAUAAAUGCCAUUUCCGGCGGACAUCCUCGGCUCCUGGGUAAUCUGGGACAAACUCACCGGCAACAAUGACGACGACUGGGUUGACCGUUUGAACCACAUCUAUACAGUGGUCAUUCUAGCCGUGUUUUCCGUGUUUGUCGCCGGUAGCUCGUACGUUGGUGAGCCAAUAGCCUGCUGGCAUCCGGCGGAGUACACAGCGCACCAAGUGAAAUAUGCAAACAGCUACUGUUGGAUCAAAAACACGUACUAUGUGCCGAUGAGUGACACGAUACCGCGUGACAACAGAGAUCACGUGCAUCUAGAAAUCACGUACUACCAAUAUGUGCCACUUAUUUUGCUCUUCAUGGCGUUCCUCUUCAAGCUUCCAUGUCUGAUAUGGCGGAACUUCUCUGGGUAUUCCGGCAUUGACCUUCCCAAGGUCGUUGAGUUAACGACCAACACGCAUUACAUCGAGGACAGUAAACGCCUGGAAAAAAUCAAUGAGAUAUCAAUGGUGGUGGAUCGCUGGCUAGAGGCAAAUAGACAGUACCACUGGAACAUACUGGUUAGACUAAGGCAGAGACUGUCAAGAGUUUGUUUCUGUAUGAACAGAAGAGAAGGGACAUACCUUACAGGUCUCUACAUGUUUGUGAAAUUAUUGUUUGCUGUAAACGUGGUAUCACAGUUCUUCAUUCUGGACGCUUUCCUAGAUGGUUUCUUCAGUCUAUGGGGCAUUGAGGCCAUGUACAGUCUUGCCCAUGAAUAUGCCAUAAAAGAAUCCCGCAGGUUUCCAAGAGUUACUCUUUGCGACUUCGAAGUUCGAAGACUGCAUUUAGUUCAGCCGCAUACAGUCCAGUGCGUCCUGCCUAUAAACUUAUUCAACGAGAAGGUUUUCUUGUUUAUAUGGUUUUGGUUCAUCAUUGUGGCCCUGAUCACGUGCUCCAACAUCUUGUUCUGGUUUUGGAGGUCAUUAUUCCAGAGAAACAGGACAUGCUUUGUAAAAAAGUACCUCACAGUGAGUUCCAGAAUUCAUACAUCGAUGGACAAGAAACUAUGCAAGAAGUUCGCCACAUAUCUUCGGGACGACGGCAUUUUCCUGAUCCGAAUGAUCCAGAAGAACUCAAACGAUAUUUUGGUAACUGAUUUGAUAGCGAGGCUCUGGGAAAUAUAUCUUGAAAAGCCAGUCGUAAAGAAGAUGCUUAUGACGUCAGAUGGCGGGAAUACCGGAAACAACAACAGGAUACGUGGGACGGCGCCACCAGCAAAGGAGAACUAUAUCUGACGGUGCAAGAUCUUUUGUAUAUGUUUUCGUUGCAAAUGCACCAGAAUUAUAGCAAAUGGUUGUAAUGUUCAGUAUAUGUUUAUUUUAUCGUCGCUCAAAUGUUAUUUGAAAUUUUAUGAAAAUAAUUGAUUUCAGAAAGAGAGAAUGAAAUGUGUUUUUUUCUAAAGUUUAUUCAUCUUGUACAACUUUUCGAUUAAUUUUACAAUGCAGUGGUAAAUAAAUUAACAAUAUACAA